AAGUUCAAUGUCCUUUUGCUAGUUUGUGUUUUUUACCCCCUCUUAGUACAAUUCAGUUGGGGUUGAAAAUUGAAAUCAUGUCUUUAUAUUCUUGGGCAAUUUUGAGUGUCCGUGUUGAAAAAAGAGACCAUCCCAUCUAGGGAUUUACUCUGUCCUUUUACUCUCUGUAGAUAAGACCAGAUGAAUAUACCUAAAUUCCCUUAAAGAAGCAGUGAGUAAUUAACUUUUGUUCGCAUGUUGAUAAGGGUUUGUUUGGGGAUUAAAGGCGACGUUUGGUAAGGAAUCUGAGAGAUUGCAAUGGCAGGUUUUUGUUCCUGGGGAUCAGCAACGAUCAGAAUUCAGAGAAGAAACAAGCAAGCAAAGCAGAAAAUGGUGUCUGCUUGAAGAAAACCUAGAAGAAAUCAAAAUCCUUAGAAGGGCAAAAGUAGAGGAAAAAAGAAAUAAUAGGAAUCUGGAUUUCAGUGGGAAUCAUCAGCAAUCACUAAGGCCUGCACAGCCAAGAAGAGCACAAGAAUCGCAAGAAGAACAAAACUCGAGCAUAUACAAUCAUUUUCAUUAUCCUCACCAACUUGCCCAAAACCAAAACCCACAUGUAGAAAGCAUAUUUUCGCACCAUACACAACCACAUCAGGAGAAGGAAGAAGAACGAGGAGAACCAGCAAGUUCCAAGUACACAAAACAAAAGAGACAAAUGGGCAUGAAGAGCACAGGAGGAGAGAUAGUUCAGGUCCAAGGAGGCCACAUUGUUCGAUCCACUGGUAGAAAAGAUCGUCACAGCAAGGUUUACACUGCAAAAGGCCCUCGUGACCGCAGGGUUCGACUCUCAGCUCAUACUGCCAUUCAAUUCUACGAUGUUCAAGACCGUCUCGGCUAUGACCGACCCAGCAAGGCCGUGGAUUGGCUCAUCAAGAAAGCCAAAUCCGCCAUUGACAAGCUCGCAGAGCUUCCUCCCUGGCAUCCAGCUGCUAACACUACCACUAAUACUGAAGAAGCCCCUGAAAUAGGAAUAGCAGAGGAAACUGAGUCCUCUGGUUACAACAUUCAGCUCCAGAGGCAGUUUGGUGAGAACCCAGAUAACCAUUCUGCUUUUAUUUCGUCGCAGAUGGGCACUGACGCCAUAGCUUUCUUCCCCACCACCACAGCCACAAUGAGUUCCUCCAUCAAUUUUCAGAACUACACAGCUGAUAUAAUCUCCAGGACUAGCAACCCCAAUGAAGAUCUCGGACUUUCUCUUCAUUCGUUUCAAGACCCAGGUCUGAUUCAUGGCCAAUCAUCACAAGGAGACGCGAAUCCCGCAGGAUUUGUGACUUGGAACAACGACGCUUCUAUGUUGGUGGGGCAAGGUUCGACAUUUUCUCAAAGGGGGACCCUUCAGUCCAGUUUUUCAGCAUGGAAUGACAUUGCAAUAACUGGUUCUUCGUCGGAGCAACAGAAUAAGUCCCAAGCUUCGAUCUUUGGGAGCAGGUUUCUGUCUGAUGGAAUGGGAAUUCCUAGGUUCUGCAUUCCCGCAAGAAUUCAAGGUGAGGAGGACGAUGGAAUUGCUUCUAAUCAUAGGCCAUCUUCUUCUGCUUCUCCUAAUUCGCACCACUGAAACUGCGCAAUGCUGUUUAGUGCUCCAUCUUUGUCCAUCAGAACUGCAAACUUACACAAAAUUUCACCUCCACCAUUGUAAACAGGAGCUCUCAAUUAUUCAUCAGGUUUGCAGCAAAUGAAGAUGAGAAUCAGCAAAAUCCAAUAGAUGCAACAGUUUUCUGGUUGAACUCAACUCUUUGCUUUCUUCUUCUUUUUGUGGGGUCAAAAAAUUAGAUACAGUUUUAUUUUUAUUUAGUAUCAAGCUCUCCAAUAAACAAAUGAUACAUCAAUAAUCUAGAAAAAUAUUAUCUGUUGUCAUAUGUGUAUUGGAGAUCUUAAUGGCAAAUAUCCAUAAAACUAUAUCUUAAGUCUAGUCAGCUUCUCCUUAUCACGUGCAUUUACAUUGAUGUUUUAGUGUCCCAUUGAGUUGGUUACCUUGAAUCAACCCUGCUUGACGCAUGUUGUAUGACACUUCGCUUAAUUAAAAUGUCUUGUUUUGGAUUCCGGAGCUAUUGUGUUAACGGUCUCUGUAACGUCAAUUAGUCAA